AUGGGGGUGUGGGGAUCAAUAGUCACCGCUUCGCUCAAUAAUGGAAAUCAUGGAAAUAAUGCAAAUCAUGGUCAUUUGGAUGGUAGAACUAUUAGAGAGCUGGCUGCACCUGAUGUGCAUUACCAGCCCCUAUGUAUUCAAUACCCACAGCUAGAUGCCAACUUCGAACUUAAGUCUGGACUGAUCCAUUUGUUGCCCAAGUUUCAUGGCCUUGCAGGAGAGGAUCCACACAAGCAUCUGAAAGAGUUUCAUGUGGUUUGCUCAACCAUGCGGCCACAAGGAGUAGAUGAAGAGCAGAUCAAGCUGAGAGCCUUCCCAUUCUCACUUGAUGGAUCAGCCAAAGAUUGGCUCUACUACCUGCCACCAGCUGCUAUCACCAGCUGGGAUGGAUUGAAGAGGAUCUUCCUGGAAAAAUUCUUUCCAGCCUCCAGAACAGCAUCAAUUAGGAAGGAAAUUUGUGGUAUAAGGCAGAUGAGUGGUGAGACUCUACAUGAGUAUUGGGAGAGGUUCAAGAAGUUGUGUUCCAGCUGCCCUCACCAUCAGAUAAGUGACCAACUCCUAAUUCAAUAUCUCUAUGAAGGUCUAAUCCCCAUGGACAGGUACUUAGUAGAUGCUGCAAGUGGAGGAGCCUUGGCAGAGAAGACCCCAGCAGCUGCACAAGAACUGAUAUCAAAGAUGGCACAAAAUGCCCAGCAGUUUGGCACCAGAAUUAACACUCCUACAAAAGCCAUAAAUGAAGUCAAUGUGGCUGCCACUAUGGACCAGCAAAGGAUGGAAAACAAGCUUGAGGAAUUGGCUUCCAUGGUCAGGCAGUUGGCAUUAGAGAGAAAGCAACAGCAGCUUUGUGGCAUUUGCUCCUUGCCAUCCCAUACAACAGACCAAUGCCCACAGUUGCAAGAAAAUAAUGAGACAUGUGCAGGCAUUUUUCCUGGAAGACCAUUCCAGCACCAGCAGCAUGGCCAACCACAACCUUCCAAUAGUGCCAUCAUGCUUCGAAGUGGAAAAGAAGUGAUCAACCAAACCCCUCCACCAUCAUCAAACAUGGAGCAGCAUGUAGAGGAGCAGAAUGUAGAGGGUAGCAAAGAGCAGCAACCCUCCUCAGUCCAAGAAGCCAAGCAACCAAACUCCAGCUAUCAAGAACAAGGAGAGUCUUCCAACAUCCAGCCCCUACCAUUCCCACAUCGAGCAACACAAAACAAGAAAAGAGCAGAGGCCGAAGUGGAUAAAGAGAUUCUGGAAACAUUCCAGAAAGUAGAAGUCAACAUCCCCCUCCUUGAAGCCAUUAGACAGAUCCCCAAGUAUGCAAAAUUUCUCAAAGAUUUGUGUACUCACAAGAGGAAGCUUAUGGGGAAUGAGAAGAUCAACCUUGGGAGAAAUGUCUCUGCCCUUAUCCAACCUGCCAUGCCAGCAAAGUGUAAAGAUCCAGGGAUGUUCUCCAUUCCUUGUACUAUAGGAGACAUGCAAUUUAGCAAUGCUUUACUAGAUUUAGGUGCAUCCAUUAAUGUCAUGCCUAACUCUAUUUAUGCUUCAUUGCAGUGUGGUCCUUUGAAGCCAACAGGAGUGGUUGUCCAACUAGCCAAUAGAAGUACUGCACACCCCACUGGAGUCCUAGAAGAUGUGCUGGUUAAGGUUAAGGAUUUAAUCUUUCCAGCAGACUUUUAUGUUUUGAAUAUGGAAGAUAACAGCACACUUGAGCAUGCACCCUUGAUCCUAGGGAGACCAUUCUUAAAAACUGCUAGAACUAUUAUCAAUGUGCAUGAGGGUACACUUUCCAUGGAAUUUGCUGGUAACACAAUUAACUUCAAGAUACUUGAUGCCAUGAAAUUCCCUGCCGAGGAUCAUUCCACUUUUCAAGUAAAUAGAGUUGACCUGUUAGUGAAUGAAGCAUGUUCUGAGUCUUCUGAUUUA